AUGGAUCAUGUGCGAGACGGAGCUGCAGCCGUGCUGACAACUUUUUUCGCUAACAUGGGAACAACCGGCGAAAUAUCUCGGUUCUUCAAAAUCGCCGGCCUACCGUGGGAAAGAGGAAAUUACCAAAGAGCUAAACUCGAACGGUUGACCGGGGUUGUUGCUCAAUGGUUGGGUUGGGGUCUGCCGCAAAAUAUGCAUCUCAAAACUUCUCUUGUGAGAGGAAUGAAACCAUCAGAGUCUUGGUAUAUCGAUCCUGAGAUCCUCGACCAGGCUGCUAUUGCCUUGACAAGAUAUGAGUCGGGGCGGCUUGGGUAUAUUGAAUACGCGGAUGACUCGGAGGGUGCUAUAGUUGCCCAAGCCCUAUUUGGGCUCCUUCCACUGGACUGA